UGGGGGCAACAUGGCGGCGGCUGUAGCGGCUGCGGGAAAGCUGGGGAGGCCGACGGGCCCUGGUGCGGGGAAGCGCCGGCGGAAGCCCGACGUGGAGGGGGAGCCUGUCCGGCCCAAACUGGGUCCCAAGAAGAGACCCAAGCUGAGCGAAGAGAUUUCCAGCGACUCGGAGCCGGAGAGCCCUGAGGACACGAGGAAGAAGGAAGAGGAAGAUGAGGAGCUGGAGGAGACUGCCCAGGAGAAGAAGCUUCGGCUAGCCAAGCUGUACUUAGAACAGUUGAGGCAGCAAGAGGAGGAAAAAGCUGAAGAAGAGGCCUUUGGGGAUGACCAGGUGGCUGGGCGUCUAAAGGAAGAUGUGCUGGAGCAGAGAGGGCGACUUCAAAAGCUGGUGGCGAAGGAGAUCCAGGCUCCAGUGGCUGCAGACAUCCGGGUCCUAAGGGGCCACCAGCUGUCCAUCACAUGCCUGGUCAUCACCCCUGACAACUCAGCCAUCUUCUCUGGAGCCAAAGACUGCACCAUCAUCAAAUGGAGUGUGGAGAGCGGGAAGAAGCUGCACCAGAUUCAGAGGGUGAAGAAGGGAGCUGAGGGCCAGCCUCCCGGGCACGCUGACCACAUCCUCUGCAUGGCUAUCUCCUCAGACGGCAAAUACCUGGCCACAGGAGAUAAGAAUAAGCUGAUUCUGAUCUGGGACGCAGAAACCUGCAAGCACCUCUCUACCUUCCCAGGGCAUCGGGAUGCAGUGUCGGGUCUGGCAUUUCGGAAGGGCACGCACCAGCUGUACAGCACAUCCCACGACCGCUCUGUGAAGGUGUGGAACGUGGCCGAGAAUGCCUACAUAGAGACCCUUUUUGGGCACCAGGACGCUGUGAUGGCCCUGGAUGGACUGAGCCGGGAGAGCUGCGUGACGGCAGGUGGCCGGGAUGGCACUGUCCGUGUCUGGAAGAUUCCUGAGGAGUCGCAGUUGGUCUUCUAUGGCCACCAGGGAUCUAUUGAUUGCAUCCAGCUCAUCAAUGAGGAACACAUGAUAUCUGGUUCAGAGGAUGGCUCGUUGGCUCUGUGGGGUCUCUCCAAGAAGCGGCCCCUCACCGUACAACAAAAAGCCCAUGGGAUGCGUGGAGAAGAAGGCUUGGAGCAGCCCUACUGGGUGUCAUCGGUGACAGCACUGCUCAACACAGACCUUGUGGCCUCAGGAUCUCACAGCUCCUUUGUGCGACUCUGGCAGUGUGCAGAGGGUUUCCGGAAGCUGGAACCACUCUGGGACAUCCCUUUGGUUGGCUUCAUCAACAGCCUCAAAUUCUCUAGCACAGGAGACUUUCUGGUGGCAGGUGUUGGGAAGGAGCACAGAUUGGGACGCUGGUGGCAAGUCAAAGAUGCCAAGAACUCGGUCUGCAUCAUUCCCCUGCGGAGAGUCCCUCCUGCCCCUGCUGCUGGCUCCUAACUCCUCUUUCUCCAAAGCCCCUCCCUGUUUAUUUAAAUCUCCUCCCUGCCCCCAGUGUUUGUGGGUCGGUCCAGGCCCCAGCCACCCCACUCCUGUCUCUGUCGCCCUUCACCCGGAGGCCCAGCCACGGGAACAAAGAGGAGGAGAGGCUUGGUGGUGGACAGACAGAGUGACGUACACAGAAGCAGCUGGUGAGAGCCAGAGAGCGAUGAGGGUAACUAGCAUUUAUAGAAGCACUUCAAGGUUGGCAAAGUGCUGUACAUGUGUUGCCUUAUUUUAUCCUCACAACAGCCCUGUGAGGUAGGCACUAUCGUUAUCUCCAGUUUUAUAGAUGAGGAAACUGAGGCAAACUGAGGUCAAGUGCCUUGCCCAAGAUCACUCAGCCAGUCAGUGUCAGAGGGAGGAUUCGAACUUGGGUCUUGCUGACUCCAAGCCUGGCACCUGAGGUGGCACGGGGAGAAUACAGGCAGAGAGUCCCCAGGGCCUGGGCUCGCUGAGCACCACCUGCAGCUGAGGAGGGAAGAGGUCAGGUCAGACCCACCAAAAUCCUUUAUUGGAGAGGGAAGACCAGGCCCUAUGCAAUUAAGACCUUCACGUUCAUUGCCAGACCUCUGGCUGUGAUCUGGUAGCGGCCACGCAGGAGCCCGCGGGUCAGGCAGUUGCGCCAGCGCGUCUGGAUCAGGCAGGCGGCGGCCCGGGCCCUCAGGUAGCGCCGUCGCACACGCCACAUUCGGAUCAGGGCCUGAAGCUUCACCACGGCCCACUCUCGCCUCGUGUAGAGCUGCAGCACUGUCUGGCGACGCCGAUCUAACAGUCGCACGUGAGCUACCCGCCACCAGCACUGUAUGAUCCAGGCACGGAGGGCUGCGUGCAGCAGGGCGCGUCGUACUACGGUCCCCCGCCACCAGGCCUGGAUCUUGAUGGCUGCCUCGUCCUAGGCCAGAGUAGAGCAGGACAAGAGCCUGCUCAGGCCCAGAGCCCCUCCUCCUCUUCCUCAUUCUCUCUUACCUUUUGUCUCUGUCUUCACUUUCCCUGUCCUAGGAAACCCCCCCGCUCUGUCAUCCCCUUCCUCAGACCCUGCCUGCCCUCAUUCUAGGCUCUGGAUAAUAACCCCAGACCUUCUUACCCAACUCCUUUCACUCUCCCCAGUCCCCUCCCUCCCUUUCUCUGGAUCCCGCGUGGCCUGGAUCAGGCCUUGAUGUCCCCUUUAACACCAUCUGGGGGGGCUCUAGGUCUCCACAGAAAACAUUCCUCCCCACCCCUGCCUGAAAAGAUACAAGAACCCACUGUGUUCCUCAUUUGUCGAUGAUGAUAAUUUUUUUAAAACAUAUUAGGGCACCUUCAACAUUCUCCUGGCUUGAUAAAUGCAACCAGAGAUAACUUUGUUCAGCAGUCCUCCAAUUCUAUACAGCGAGUGAAGCAUAAAACAGGGAGAAGACUGCCAAGCAAAGGUGUCGGCCUCUGUCACAGAACGUCUUAUGCGGCUGAAACAGAAGAAGGUUCUUUAGAGGCCGCUCAGCUCCUCCAAAUGCCUUUAUUUUCAGAUGAUGGCUUGUUGAUUGCAUCAAGCCCCAGAGUCAUAGGACCCCCUCCAUGACAUGCAUUCCCAUCCAAAAGUAAUCAACCUGGCAAUUCGAUAGGAGAAAGCCAGAUGCAGGAAGAUGUGCCUAUUGCCCAAUGUGCAGCUGGAAACGCGGUCCAUGAUGUCAGCCUGUCAGCGCAUACAUCUUGAAUAGGCACUGUACUGGGUGUCCCUAAAAUCUGAACAUGGGAAAAUUGACGGCAGUGGGAGUUAUUGCAUCGAGUUCACGUGAAUCUUGCAAAGCGCAUCAACCUUUGCAGCACAUAUGAUGGAAAUCAUAUUGAAGAUGUUAUUUCUUAAUAUUCCAAUUAAAUAAAAUGUGGUUGAAAAUUU